CAAUAUCAAUGAGAAUACAAACACUGAAGAGCAAACAAAAGGAGGCAAAACUGCAGGGAUUGGUCAAUUGAGUUGAAAUAGGAAACAACUUCGCGCGCUCGUAAAGCAAAGCACUUCUCCAGAUCAGGACAAUGGAGAGCUCUAAACUGUGGACGAGAGCGGUAGUUUGUACAGCGCUGCUGUCCACCCUAUGUGGUGCUGAAACGAGCGACUCAGAAAUGGAAGUGGAUUUGGAAACGAGAAACAUUCACGACUUCUAUCCACAAAAUCCGAAUCUAACGAACGAAAAACGUCUUCUUGGCGCUCUACACGAAGUUCUCAAAAAACUGCAGACCAAAAGAAUUAAUCCAUGGGAAAAGAAAUUUGGACAAGUUCCCACUUGCGACGUGGGGGAGCAUUGCGCAGUGAGGAAAGGCGCUCGAAUCGGCAAAAUGUGCGACUGUCCACGGGGAGCUUUCUGCAACUUCUUUCUGUUGAAGUGCUUGUGAAUGUAGGUUUAUUGGAUUCAAUCCCCUAUCAUUGUGUUAUUUAAAAGAGGGAUAAUAAUGUAACAUAUGUCAUUAUUUUUAUGAAUAUUUUUCAAAUACAGGCGGACUAUAAUUGUCAAUGUUAUGGUGGGACCACCAAUUAGAUAAUGGUACAUCCUAUCGUUUCCUGGAGUUAGAUUAAACAUUUGUGUCACCUAAGUGUUACUGAGCUCUCUAUAUUGUGCAAUAAAGUGUCUCACAACUUCUUUCGUAAUCAGUAUUUUUGGUCUC